GAGAAGCAGCGGAGGGGAGGGGACAGUCCAUGAGCGGAGAUCUGUGGGGGCGAUUGCUGGCUCCGGGCUGCUCCAGCAGUGGGCACUAACUUGUCCGCUCGGCCGUGCACCAUGGCGGCAGCUGUGGAAGUGAACGGGAGCACGAGUUGCAGCGGUAGCAGCGACACUUCCAGUACUGGAGAGGAGGAGAGAAUGAGGCGCUUGUUUCAGACGUGCGACGGGGACGGGGACGGGUACAUUAGCAGAAACGAUUUAAUGAUGGUGUGUCGCCAGCUUAACAUGGAGGGAUCUGUUGCUGAGAUCAUGCUCCAGCUUGGGGCAGAUGAAAGUGGGAAGAUUUCUUUCCAAGAUUUCAUUCGUUGUCGCAUGCAGCUCGUGCGGGAAAUCCAGAAGGAGGAAGUGGAUCUAUCCGAUGAUUCCUGCAAAAAUAAAAAACUCCGGGGCAGGAUCACUUCAUGGCCAACUGGAAGUGAAAACAGCAUAGGGGCUUUAUCUGGGGCAAGGGAGAGCUGGGAAUAUGACUCUGGAGCACGGGAUCUUCAGAGUCCUGACCCACAGAACCAUUCAAUCAUGCAGAAAUUUAUGGAAUUUGGAAGCAAAUCUACAACUCAAGCAGCACUGCAAAGACUUCUUUCUCAAACUUCCAGUUCCAGCAAUAACAUGGGGGGAAGCUAUCUAGAACUUGCCAACACACUCCAUUUAGCAGCCCUGGCUUCUUUAAGGGGAGACAUAGUGGAGCUAAACAAGCGCCUUCAGCUGACGGAGCGUGAGAGAGAUAUGCUAGAGAAGAAGCUUGCCAAAUCACAGUGUGAGCAGGCACACUUCAUGAGGGAACAUGAAGAUGUUCAGGAGAGGACAACAUUACGUUAUGAGGAGCGAAUAACAGAGCUACACAGCAUUAUAGCUGAACUAAAUAAAAAGAUUGAUCGACUUCAAGGGACAACCAUAAGGGAGGAGGAUGAAUAUUCCGAGCUACGGUCAGAACACAGUCACAGCCAACUUGAAACCAAUGACGACUCACGCAGUAUGGACCAAGACCAAACCUCAGUGUCAGUUCAAGAAAAUCAGUCCACUAUGGUUUCUGUAGAUAUGGACACAUGCAGUGACCUGAACUCUGAGCUCCAGCGGGUGCUAACGGGCCUGGAGAACGUUGUAUGUGGGAGAAAGAAGAGUAGCUGCAACUUGUCUGUCGCAGAUGUGGACCGACACAUUGAACAGCUCACCUCUGCCAGCGAACACUGUGACCUCGCCAUCAAGACCGUAGAAGAGAUAGAAGGAGUUCUGGGACGGGAUUUGUACCCUAACAUUGCAGAGGAAAGAUCACGUUGGGAGAAAGAGCUGGCAGGCCUCCGAGAAGAGAAUGAGAGCCUCACGGCAAUGCUGUGCAGCAAAGAGGAAGAUUUCAACAGGACCAAAGCUACAAUGAAUGCUAUUCGUGAAGAGAGGGAUAGGCUACGCAGGAGGGUGCGUGAAUUACAGACUAGAUUGCAGAGCAUUCAGGCAAUUGGUCCCUCUAGCCCUGGGCGCCUCACAUCAGCGAGCCGACCGGUCAACCCCAGCACUGGAGAACUAAGCACGAGCAGCAGCAGCAAUGACAUUCCCAUCGCCAAGAUUGCUGAGCGGGUGAAGCUAUCAAAGACAAGGUCAGAAUCAUCUUCAUCAGAGAGGCCUGUGCUGGGUUCAGAAAUCAGCAGCAUUGGGGUAUCCAGCAGCGUGGCAGAACAUUUAGCACACUCACUGCAAGACUGCUCCAACAUCCAGGAGAUCUUCCAAACCCUAUACUCUCAUGGCUCUGCCAUCUCAGAGAGCAAGAUCAGAGAAUUUGAGGUGGAGACAGAGAGGCUGAAUAGCCGAAUUGAGCACUUAAAAUCCCAGAAUGAUUUGUUGACAAUAACUCUGGAGGAGUGUAAGAGCAAUGCUGAGAGAAUGAGCAUGCUGGUGGGAAAAUAUGAAUCCAAUGCAACGGCCCUCAGGCUAGCACUGCAGUACAGCGAGCAAUGUAUAGAGGCAUAUGAACUGCUGCUGGCCCUUGCAGAGAGUGAGCAAUCCCUUAUCCUUGGCCAGUUCCGAGUGGCAGGAGUCGGAUCCAUAGCUGAGCAGUCAGGGGAUGAGAACGUGACCCAGAUGCUGAAGCGGGCGCACGACUGCAGGAAGACAGCAGAGAAUGCAGCUAAGGCCUUACUUAUAAAGCUGGACGGCAGCUGUGGAGGAGCUUUUGCUGUGACUGGUUGUAGUGUGCAGCCCUGGGAGAGUUUGUCGUCCAACAGUCACACAAGUACUACAAGCUCAACAGCGAGCAGUUGUGACACAGAAUUUAGUAAAGAAGACGAGCAGAGGCUGAAAGAUUACAUUCAGCAGCUGAAGAACGAUCGAGCGGCCGUCAAACUCACCAUGUUGGAACUGGAGAGCAUACACAUAGAUCCUUUAAGUUAUGAUGUUAAGCCACGAGGCGACAGUCAGAGACUCGACCUGGAGAAUGCUGUCUUAAUGCAAGAGCUUAUGGCCAUGAAGGAGGAAAUGGCUGAGCUAAAAGCACAGUUGUACCUGCUGGAGAAAGAGAAGAAAGCUCUAGAGCUGAAGCUUAGCACGCGAGAUGCUCAGGAACAGGCAUAUCUGGUACACAUUGAGCACCUCAAGUCAGAAGUGGAGGAGCAAAAAGAGCAACAAAUGAGAUCUCUCAGCUCCACCAGCAGCAGCAGCAAGGACAAGCUGGGAAAGGAUUCCACAGAGGGUUCUGCCUUGUCUUUGUCAGAGUUGAGGACAUACAAUGAAAGUGAACUUGCUACAGAGCUCACAAGUGCACUCAGAAGGGAGAAGAAACUGAAGUCCCGGGCUCAGGAGUUGGUGAGCGCUUUAGAGAGACUCACAAAGAGCAGUGAGAUCAGACAUCAGCAGUCGGCAGAGUUUGUCAAUGACUUGAAGAGAGCCAACAGCAACCUGGUGGCAGCCUAUGAGAAGGCCAAGAAAAAGCAUCAGAAUAAACUGAAGAAACUGGAAUCUCAGAUGAUGGCGAUGGUGGAGCGUCACGAGACGCAAGUGCGAAUGCUCAAGCAGAGAAUCGCUUUACUGGAAGAGGAGAACUCCAGACCUCACACCAACGAGACCUCACUGUGAACCUGACACACAAUCUAUGUGCCAUUACAAGUCUAUGUGGGACACACACUGCUACACAGAGCGACGGUUAAUUGCCUUUAUUUAAAGGUUUUAUCUGGAGGAAAGUGCAGAAGCAGCGGCCGUAUGGUGACUGUAUAUAGACAUUCUCCUCUGUAUGAAACUCAGACGUCUCUAUGUAAAGACUUCACCUCAUAACCAAAGUCAUUGUAGUCCAUCAGUGAGAAGGACUGGCUCAGACUCCUGCUUUGUGCUUAUCUGACUCCUCCUGUUUGUUAGACACUGGUAUGUGCCAAACUAUGUCACCCCCGUGCAGAUGGAAUGGCCCUGCUGUGCAUAAGGCUCUGGGGGUCAGACGGGGUCCCACAUCAGAGACUUUCAUUGCUCUAAAGCGAAGAUGCACCUUCAUUUUGUUUCACUUUAACAUUGAACUUUCAUUAUAGCUGUGAGGACAUUGUUGUCUUGGGAUCAUUACCAGCAAAUGUUUGUGGCUUGUCCCACCUUUGUACAGCAGUGUCCACCUUGAAGCUCUCUAGCAGUUGUUGUACUACAACUCCCAGCAUCAUCCAUGAGUCUAAAAAAACUGGAUGGACACCUCUGUAUAACCUCUAGUGAUCCAGUCUGCCUUCUUAGCCGUGUCAGGCGGCCAUAUUGGAGGCUGUUUUACAAACAUAAUGGCACAAAUGCAUUUUCCAGGAGCAACCAAUCAGCAAUUCCUUUUUAGUCUCCCACAAUGUUAGAUAAAGAAAUCAAAUAUUGGCUGAAACCCAAAAGAAAUAAGUGAAAUCCCUGAUUGGUUGAUAUUGGCAAAUGCACUGGAAUUUAGCGCCAAUGUUUUUAAAUAAGCCCCUGUGCCCCUCGGCUGUAUCUGACACACCGUGUAACACUUUACUGCCCUCUUCACAUCACUGUGAGUAGAAUCACUUGGAUUCCUGUACCUGGAAGCUGCCAUAUUGUAUUCAUAGUAUAUUUCUUUUUCUUAAUGACAUUGAUGUUGUUCUGUGUCACAUUAAUACCCAUUAGGAGGGUCCCAUGAUGCCAAUCUAUGUGCAAUACUGCCAUGUUAUAUGUGAUAGGCCAGUCAUUGUUAUAGACAUACAAAGCGCUUCUACCAA